UUGCUUGCUGACGCUGGAGAAGCCCUCCUCCCUCCCAAGCAGUUCUUCAGCCAUCGACUUGGGCCGUCGAGUUUGACGAUCAAUCUGGCGGAAUUGUUGGCUGAAAUCUUACUCCGUCCAGAUCUCAUAACCGCAUCAACAUCCGUCGGCGUCUGGCCAAGAUUGCAAGAGGAAGAAAAAUGGGUCCAGGAAACCUGAAGAUGCAUCAAGAUUUCUGGAAUAAUUAGGGCUAUGUUGAAUUAAUGCUCAAGAAGAUCAGACUUUUUCUCAGCUUGUAAAGUGAAGAAUCAAUCAAUUAAUUAUAAACAUCAAAAUGUCUGAGUUUUCAAAGGCUCUUAAGAAAACUGUGAAGACUCACGAGCUGAAGAAAGUUUCGUCGAGUCCUAAGGACCAGCCUCAGCAGGCAAAGAAGCAGCAAAGGAAAACAGAGAACCCUGUUCGAAUUCCUCUCGGACCAGAUCAGUGUGUUGACUCAAAGUGUUCUAAUUCAUGGAUCUGUAAGAAUUCUGCAUGUCGGGCUGCUCUCUCGGCAGAAGACACAUUUUGCAAGAGGUGCUCUUGCUGCAUUUGUCAUUUGUUUGACGACAAUAAGGACCCAAGUCUUUGGUUGGAAUGCACCUCCGAAUCUGGUUCGGGAGAUUCUUGUGGGUUAUCCUGCCACAUUGAAUGUGCCCUCCAACGUGGGAAGGUUGGGGUUGUUGUUCUGGGGCUUUUGAUGCAGUUGGAUGGAAGCUACUGCUGUGCUUCAUGUGGCAAAGUGUCGGGCAUACUCGGAUGCUGGAAGAAGCAGUUAAUUAUCGCCAAGGAUGCUCGUCGUGUUGAUGUUCUAUGUUAUAGGAUAUGCUUAAGUUAUAAGCUUCUGGAUGGGACUUCCAGGUUUAAUGAACUCCAUGAAUUUGUCAAAGAUGCCAAAGCCAAGUUGGAAACAGAAGUAGGUCCCGUAGAUGGAGUUUCGGCCAGGAUGGCUCGAGGUAUUGUCAGCAGAUUAUCCGUAGCAGCUGAUGUGCAAAGACUCUGCUCUCUUGCAGUUGAGAAAGCCGAUGAACUGAUGAACCUGAAGUCAGUGGCAGCUGUACAUUCAAUCGAGGGUUCACUUCCGGCAGCUUGCAAAUUCCUGUUCGAAGAAGUGACUUCGUCUUCCAUUGUUGUUACGUUGAUCGAGUUAUCGAGUACAACUGAUGACGAGAUUGAGGGCUACAAACUCUGGUAUUGUAGGACGAAAGAUGAGGUUUACCCGCAAGAACCUGCUUGCGUCUUUCCAAGAGAAAAAAGGAGAGUAUGGAUACCAAAGUUGCAGCCUUGCACCGAGUACUCCAUUCGAGUGCUAUCUUAUACAAAUUCCGGCGACUUUGGACACUCCGAAGUCAAGUGCUUCACUAAAAGCGUCGAAAUUAUACACAAGAACCAUAACUCCAUGGCUGAAAAUCUUAUGAACGAUAUUUCACAUAAUGGAGAGAGCUCGAGCGCCAAGCAUCAGAGGACUCCAUCGGACAUAGAAUUAGAUUCAGGAUUCAAGGUUCGAGACCUCGGAAAGAUCUUGAGGCUAGCUCUGGCUCAAGAUCGAGGCUAUUUCGAAUCAUUCUGUGGUGCAUCAGAGAUGGAGAAAUGCUUCGGAAACCCUAAUGUAGUCAAGAUAGAAGAUCAGGAACCAAGGUUGCCGCCCGUUGCUCGUCAGCUCGACUUAAAUGUCGCGUCGGUGCCCGAUCUGAACGAAGAGUUCACCCUUCCUAUCGAGUCGUUUAGGGAUGAAGGUAACGGGUGCACUUUCGGGCAAGCAGUUGAAUCCGACGAUGCUUUUUCCCAUGAAGUUCUGAGAAAAUCCGGAGAAGUGCCGGCCGUCGAUUCGAAUGUGGCUGGUUGUCAGAAGCGGAAAAAUCCCGCCAACGGUGAAAUUCAGGACUCCGAUAGCACUCUGAGCAACGAGUCGGGAUGCUUAGAUGAGAACUUCGAAUAUUGCGUAAAGAUCAUACGGUGGUUGGAAUGUGAGAAUUACAUCAAGAAGGAUUUUAGGCUGAAGUUGCUGACGUGGUUUAGUCUAAGAUCGACGGAACAGGAGCGCAGAGUGGUUAACACAUUCAUUCAAACAUUAAUCGAUGAUCCAAGUAGCUUGGCGGGACAGUUGGUCGACUCGUUUUCAGACAUCGUAUCAUCCAAGAAGCCUCGGAAUGGUGUCUGUAACGAGUUUUGGCAUUGAAUCGCCCUGGGGGUCUGACUGCUAGUUAAAAUUGAGAUUGAUUAAUGAUUCUGGGACAGAUUAUUGUCGUAAUGUUGGUCUAUUGUACAGCAUUUUUUCCCCAAAAGUCUCCUCAGAGGUACUCGAUUCUCAAGCUAGCAGAUUUGAUCUCCCCCGAAGAAGGUAGUUCCCGAUUUCAUUCACUAGGUCAGCCUAUUGUUUUAAGGAGAUUUGCCUCUCACACAUUGUGGGAUGCGGCUUCAUUAUUUAUGAACCAUUUACUACAUUUUGAGUAGCGGGAAACCGAAGGAAAAAUGAUGAUGAUGAUGAAGGUUCCAUUAAUGGUAGAAUGGUAGAGAGUCUACUCAUGAAUUUGGCGUUAUCUGGGCAAUAUCGUAUUCUGGAUAUUAGUUAAACCUUUUAUUUGUAGUAUGAUUGAUCAUGUGCUCUAAGCAUUCUUCUCUAUCGACUUUCUUUAUUUAUGCAAAGCUAAGCUGCAGCAAUUCUGUGAUGGGGUCGAUGAUCUUUUGUGAUUUGGCAUACGCAUUGGCAGGCAGGUAAUUUUUAAGAUAAAUUUUUAAUCAUUGUGUUGUUGUGUUGUCAUUUUGCCUGUGAAUUUGAUGCAUUUUUACCAUUAGAAGAAGGGCAUAAAUUAUAUUACCUUCUGAGGAUGUUUUUUUGUAUAUAUAUAUGCUUUUUAUGAGUGAGAAUUGUGAGUAAUAUUGCAUGUUUUGUUCAUAUGUAUGUUCUUUGUAUAGUUACUAUAUAGUAAUAGAGAUAUGUCUAUAUAUUUGUAUACACAUAUUGCAUAGAUGUUAUAUGAAUGUGAGUGAGUAUAGGUGUAAAAAAUAUGUAAAUGGUAGCAUGCAUGAAAUAUGUGUUUGAAUAUUUUGUAUACUCGAGUCGAGAGUUGCUUGAACUUUGUACCCUUUUGAGUUUGGGUAUAUUAUGGUUAUGGUUAUGCUGAUUUGGAAAAUUCGGUGCCAUGCUAGCACUUGUAAUAUAUAUAAACAAAACACAGUCGUAUUAUACACAACACAUGCUGUAUAGUAAAGACAUGUGUUGUUGGUUUAUAAUUAUAAGUGUUUUGUAUAGGUGUGCUGAAAUCAACAUUAUAUGUAUUGUAUAAGACUAUAACAUGUGCUGUAUUUUGUGUUGUUGGUUCAUAAUUACAAGUGUGUUGUAUAACAAUAUGUGGUAUGUUGAAAGCAACUAUUACUUGUGUUGUAUAAAAUUAUAACAUGUGUUGUAAUUGUAUUAUAUAAAUGCGUACGGUGUCUGUAGUAAUACCAUGUGCUGUCUGUCGUAAUAACGUGUGCUGUCUGAAGCACAUCGUGUGCUGCGAUGUGGUGCUGAUGUCAGCACGAUGCUGAAUUUUAGAAUUUUAAAAUUCAGCACCGUAGCCGCCGUGAGGUUAUAUAAUAUAUAGGCUUCUUAACUUC